UUGACAGUCCAGAUUUCUGCUUGCUAUUGGCAACAGAACUUGAAUGAACCUCCUGUUUUCCUCCCCUAUAGAUACUUUCCAUUGAACAGGAGAUCGGCAGACACACUAUCCAUCAUUGGAGCAAGCAAAAGAAUCACAGUAAUGGAUCCUUCUGACACACAGAAAAAAAGAGUAGCUAUUAUUGGGGGAGGCUUGGUUGGUUCUUUAAAUGCUUGUUUCUUUGCAAAAAGAGGUUUUGUAGUGGAACUGUAUGAAAGCAGACCAGAUAUCCGUGGUUCCAAUGCUGUUCGUGGCAGAAGCAUUAAUCUGGCCCUUUCUCACCGAGGAAGACAAGCUCUCAGGGCUGUUGGAAUGGAAGAUCAGAUUGUGUCCAAAGGCAUCCCCAUGAGGGCAAGAAGGAUUCACACACCCUUGGGCAAACAAUAUGCAAUUCCUUAUGGAACAAAAAGCCAGUAUAUUCUCUCUGUUGAUAGAGCAAAUUUAAACAAAGAGCUCCUAAGUGCUGCUGAGAAAUAUCCCAACACUAAAUUAUACUUUGGACACAAACUGCUUCACUGCAGUGUAGAAUCAGGGGUACUGAACUUUUCAAGAUCAGACCAGACUUCAAAAGAGGCCUCUUAUGAUCUCAUUGUGGGUUGUGAUGGAGCCUUUUCUACUGUUAGGAAACAGUUUAUGAGACAAGGACGUUUCAAUUAUAGCCAGACUUACAUUCCUCAUGGGUACAAGGAGCUGAGAAUUCCUCCAAAGGAUGGAGAUUUUGCAAUGGAGCCAAAUUAUCUUCACAUCUGGCCAAGGAACACAUUCAUGAUGAUUGCACUGCCAAACCUGGACAAGUCAUUCACAUGCACUCUCUUCAUGCCUUUUGAUGAUUUUGAGAAGCUCACCACAGGAGAUCAAGUGCUGGAUUUCUUCAAAAUAUAUUUUCCAGAUGCAAUUCCUCUAAUAGGAAGGCAAGAACUGAUACAAGAAUACUUUUUGCUACCAGCCCAGGCCAUGGUAUCCGUAAAAUGCUCAUCAUAUCACAUUGCCUCUUGUGUUCUGAUGGGAGAUGCUGCACACGCAAUUGUCCCUUUCUUUGGUCAAGGCAUGAAUGCUGGAUUUGAAGACUGCCUGGUGUUUGAUGAAUUAAUGGAGAGAUUCCAGAAUGAUUUCUGUGCAUGCCUUCCAGAGUUUUCAAGACUGAGAGUGCCUGAUGAUCAUGCAAUUUCAGAUUUAUCCAUGUACAAUUAUAUAGAGAUGCGCGAGCAUGUUAAUUCAAAGUGGUUCAUCUUCCGAAAACAAAUAUUCAACUUUCUUCAUGCCCUCUUCCCCUCCACCAUCAUCCCUCUUUACACCAUGGUCACAUUCUCCAGAAUCCGGUACCAUGAAGCUGUGCAAAGAUCAAAGUGGCAGGAUAAGGUCAUAAACAGAGGCCUUUUCUUCAUUGUGGCAGCAACAGCAUUGAGUGGCAUCUAUCUGUCCAGAAAUGUUAUAAAGCAACAAACUGUUUUUUGUAUCCAAAACCUGUGGACAGGAGAUAGCUUUAAAAUAUUUUAAUACAUCCCACACAUGUACUAAAAGCUCAGGAGCUAGAUAGAGAAGUCUGAAGUAUCCAAUGAACUCCUGUUUUGAAAGUCAGAUAUCCAAAGUACAGUAUUCCAAAGACAUGUGUCAUUGAGGUCAGUGGUGCUGAAUCCCAGAAUGAAAAAUCCAGGCUACAUCCAAUGGAGAAUUUGCCAUGGACUUCAGUAGAAUUUUAUCAUCUCCUGUUUCCUAAGGAAUUGGUGGAUGUGCCAUAUAAGCUUUAUAGUCUUCAUUGUUUAAAUUUUUUACCAGCUUUUAACUGUUAAUUAACAUGAUUCAGAUGAAGGAUAUGCAAAAUGUAUACAGUGGGCCCUUAGUAUCCUGGGGUUUGGUCCCAGGAUCGCCUGUGGAUAUCAAAAUCCAUGGAUGCUCAAUCCCAUUAAAUACAAUGGCAUAGUAAAAUGGUUUCCCUUAUAUAAAAUGGUAAAAAUCGGGGUUUGCUUUUGGGAAUGUAUAUAUAUUUUAAAGUAUUUUCAAGCCAUGGAUGGUUAAAUCUGUGAAUAAUGAAUCUGUGGAUACAGCCAGCUGACUGUAUACAUGGGCCAUACUGUA